AUCAGUUGCGCUUUUGCGCUCCAUCCAGCCAAACUCACGGACGCGCACGAUCAAUCGCCGCGCAUCGGUGCCUGCGCACUGGACGAGGAUUAUAUCGCAACACACAACGGGUGUACUGCAGAUUUCUGUUUGUAUUUUUUUUAUUAGUCGCCUUUUGUAAUUUCAUCUCUUUGGGAAGAUUUCAUCUUUUUUUGCUUUGCGCGAUGGAAAAGAUGUCUCGACCUCUUCUUGUUAACUCAACUUUCCUACCUCCGACCCACGGCGUCCUGAAAUCCCUGCUGGAGAACCCCACGAAACUGCCCUUUCACCACGAUGAGGGUUUUGGGAAAGAAAAGAAGGAGAAGAAGCUGGAGGAUGACGUAAACGGUCUCGACGCCCCUCAGUCCGCCUUCCUGGGCCCGACGCUGUGGGACAAGACGCUGCCGUACGAUGACGAUAACUUCCAGCUGGAAUACAUGGAUUUAGAGGAGUUCCUCUCCGAGAACGGUAUCCCUGCCAACCAUCAGAGCCAGAAUCAGCCAUCCCAGCAGCCCCAGCCCCCCACCACCCCGCCCACACCCUCCAUGGUGGAUCUCAGUAACCGGGCCACUACUUCUGUACAGACCGGGAUGGUCGCCCAGAACUGCCUCCAGAGCCCUAACAGAGCAGUUCAUAGCAGCUCACGUGACACGCCCAGUCCAAUAGAUCCGGACUCAAUCCAGGUGCCAGAUGGGUAUGAGCCUGACCCCGCUGACCUAGCCCUGUCCAGCGUCCCGGGUCAGGAAAUCUUUGACCCCCGCAAGCGCAAAUUCUCCGCAGAGGAGCUGAAGCCCCAACCCAUGAUCAAGAAGGCACGCAAAGUCUUUAUUUCCGAAGACUUGAAGGAUGAUAGAUACUGGUCACGGCGCAGAAAGAACAACAUCGCGGCGAAACGCUCGCGCGACGCUCGCCGGCUCAAGGAGAACCAGAUCGCCAUCCGCGCGGGAUUCCUGGAGAAAGAGAACACGGCGCUCAGACAGGAGGUGGCAGACCUGCGGAAGGAGCUCGGCCGCUGUAAGAAUGUUCUGGAUAAAUACGAGGCACGGCACAGCCCCCUGUGAGCCCCUAACGCGAGCCCCCAUCCAUCCCUUGAAUAGCCUGCCCACCACCACUUUCAAGCGACUUCUGCGCGCCCCGUUCAGAGGUGCCAAUUUCUCCUCUGCGUUUUUCACGUUUUUCCUCAGUUCUCUGUACGAAACCUCUUUUGAUUCUGCCAUGUGGAUGUUCGUAUCAGUCGAUGAUCUGUGUGUCGGUGUAUUUCCAUUCUUUAUUCCUUCACCAAUGACGGAUCAUUCAUUUGCAAACGAUUCUCAUCUUUUUUUUUUCUGCCGUGUUUUAUACACCUGUGACGUGGACUGCGAAGAACUGAUCAAUAACCUCCUCUGCGCUCGCCCCCGUGUGUCUGUCAAUCAUCCGCUCCUCCCCUCCCUUCCCCCCAGAGGCUCCGCCCACUUCCCCCUCUUCGAUAUUCAGAGUUUGUGUAUAAUAACGUGUUUUAGUUGGAUAGCUGUAUGCACCUUCAGAUUUCUUCAUGUAAAGUGUUUCUAACACUAGCUAGAGUCAGGGUACGUUUGUAUUUUGUUUUCUCAAUCAUGAGUCUGUUUUAUGUCAUGACUUUUAAACCAACACCAGCGAUGUUUUUUCUUUUUCCUACGUCGUCCAUGGAGCAAUAAACCUGAAUAAGCUCUUUAGAGGACGUAAGCUAGAUUCUCCUCCUCUAAAGUUUCAUAGCAUCACGGAUGUCACUUUUGCUGUAGCACUUUCCCUCAAAGCGUUAAAUCCAUCUAGAUGUUCUGUGGCUCUAACCGCGUGCACUAAAGCGUGUCUCACAAUCUGAUCCGGUGCAAUCUUUCUAUCUACACUAUAAUCUGCCUGAUAUAUUUAUGGACUUUUUUCGUUUUUUUUUUUUAAUUUUUCAGAAAUAUUCAGCUGUUAAUUACUACUAUUGCUGUUAUUGUCAUUUGUCAUGGCUGUAUAGUCAUUUUCCUAUUCGCUUAUUGUUUAAAUGGAUAUUUUGGCAUGACUAUCGGUUCACAGCCUCGCGCUUAUUGUAAAUGGGUCAUGUUUGGUUAGUUUCUUUGUUUCUAUAUAUCUAUAUAUUUGAAAGCUAUUCUCUACAUUGCUUUUUUUGUACUGUGUUUUUCCUAUAUAAUACUGUCUGAAUAUUUUCAAGACGCAAAUCCGUAGUCAAAGUGAAAUAUAUGAAAGCAUAUAUACAUAUAUAUAUAUAUAUAUAAAAGCUAUAUAUCUGUUCUGACGUAGUGUUUUGAUAUAUCAUGAGCUAGCCUAUGUAACGGGGAGUAAAACUCAGAAAAGCGCAACGCGUGGUAGUUUUGUUCAUCUGGGCAUUAAAAACCUUCUGCACCCUCGUGUUGGAAUAGCCUUUAGUGUUCUGACUCAGGGAACGUUAGCAACCGGACCUCACACUUUUAUUCACAGGAAUACAAAUAUUCGUGCGUUUCGAUUCUGGAGCUCAACAAUGAUGUCAGUAAAACUCACAAUCGGUGCUUUUUUCAGCUUUGACAGAAUUGCUAUUUGUUCUUUGAAUGGAAAUCUAAAGGCUAUGCGUUCUGCUCGCUUUUCUCGAGUCUCUGUCAUGCAGAUGUCGUCAAUGAUUGUUCGGUAAGGCAGCUUAGAGAGCUUUCGCUUGCUUUGAAUGUUAAAAGACUUGUUGUCAAUGGAGUCACGCUGUGUUUGGAAUCGCAUACUUCACCAGUAUGUGCAGUAGGAAGUAUGCUUGUUUUCCAUACUGAACACAUACUAAACCCAUCAUAACGGCUGAUAAGGAUGCAGGGUUUAAGGCAGGGACGGCUGAUCUUAGGUCAGCGAUUAAUUCUUGCGCACGGUGAUGACUUCAUUGUCAACGGUGAAUCUGAAAGUCUCCAUCUGCCGAUGUUUAGGCCAAAGUUUAAUAAGAUGUGUACAGAUUUAUUUUUGUCGAGGGUUGGAAGUAAUGGCGCUGUUUUUUGUCCUGUGUUCUUUUCAUUUUGUUGUUUGUUUAUCUGUCUGUAGCGCAAAGCCCAAGAUGACUGUUUCCAUCUGUACAAAAGUGAAAUAAAUCAAGGAUGAAGCCAGAACACUUCUUGUGUAUAAUGCCCCCUUAAAUACCUCCCCGAGGAUGAGAGGAGGAGCCACCUGAGCUUUCAGUGUUUCAUCGGUACGGUCGUCUAAGAAAACGAGAGUGGCCUUGAUUUUCUUGAGUCGUAACUAUAGUCUAAAGCCAAAAAUAUACACAAACAUGUAUGCAAACUCAAACACUUGGUCAUUGGAUCGCAAUUGUGUACAUGAGGCAGUAACAAAAGCUGCUAAAACACAAAGUUAUUUCAGUGGCAUUGUUAUUUAGAUAGUCAGCUAUAAUCUAGUUUAAGAAUUUAUCAAUCUCGGUGGAAUUGCAUCCAAUGCAGGGUUACCCUUGUAAAUUAUGUUGUAUUUUUGUAUAAAAACACAUCUGCUCAAUAAAUAAAUGUAAACCUUGAAGCAUACUUUUUUGUAUGACACGCACGUGUCAAUAUUACUUGACACUAAAUUGGCCAUUUUUUAGUUUAUAAACGUGUAUUUUGAAGUAACCUUUAUGUGUAAUGCUAGUAAACAUAAAUAUAUUACAACAAAGUUUUUUUUUUUAUGAGAAGUACAUGAGGUUUCCGUUUGCUAUUUGUGCACUUUUCAGAAAUCAACUUUAUGUUUAGUUUGAAAGAAGUAUACUGAUAGCACACUUGAAAAAAAAGGUUGUUAGGGAUGUAAUGUAUAAACUUGACCUCAGUUUGUAAUCUUUGCGAGUUUUUGAAGAGUUUGGUUCCAAAAUGAGAUUCAAAAAUCAUGUUUUUUUAUUGUGCGUUCCAAUUAAUAUCAAUCAAACUGCUGUUGGUUUGUUUUGAUUUAAGCCAUAAUAACUAAAAAAAUACAGUUAAUUAGUAAAAACAUAACAUAAUAAACAAACAUGAUUUUUGAAAUUGAUCUCAUUUUGGAACCAGACUCUUCAUUAAUAGUUCUCGGUUGAAGUCUACACCAGUGAAACUCUUGAAACAUGGUGGCAUCUCCCUUUCUAGAUUUCACUACCUCAAUUCUAAAAGGAAUGAAAAACCAUAUUUAAGCAGAAUUUAGUGCAGUGCCUUGAAUCAACACACUCGUUUUAAAGUUGAAUUACUUUGUUCGGAUGGAAAUAAGGGCUCACGGCGCUGCUCAUGCAGAUGCUAUGAGCCUAAAAUCUCAACCCUUACGGCCCAUCUCACACAUUCAUAAACGCAACCCACACUGAAUUCAGACAGUGAUUGAUCGAUUCAUUUUUAUAAACGUAGUGGUUUCGUUCACGCUUCUCGCUGGCUGUGCGUCAGUGACCGCCAUAUUGAAGGCAACACCUCUAAAAACAGACUGAUGAGAGAAAUGAGAUGAGAUGUUUGAUUUUGUGUGUCACGCCGUUGAAGAAUAAAGCUAAAGCUGUGCUCUCUGCUGCCACCUACGGAAUCCUUCAAUGUAAAUUUAGUAUCCAAUAAAGUCUUCAGUUUUUCUCUCAA